UAUUAUUUCAUUUACUUUAUAAAAUGUUUGGAAGGAUAUCAAUAGUAUUCGUAUCCCUGCUUGUCUACUUUGUAGCUGCACAAGAAAUAGCUACUGCACCAGCAGAGAUAAAGGCCAGUGAUGAUGGCACAACUGGAGAUGUUAUUAAAGUGCCAACUUGUGAUAAGACAUGCUUUGAUGAAUGUACUUUGAAGGACAUUGGCAUCACUGAAUGUGGAGCUCUGUGCUCUUGUGAAGCUGAAGCUGAACAGUUGACCACUGAUCUUGUGAAAGAUAGCAGGUGAUGGAUGCAAUGUCGUCAAGAUUGUAUUUUGGAUAUCUUCACUGAAGACUCUGAAGAAAACUUUGGACAAAGUAAUUGCUUCGGAGAAUGUGCUUGUGUCUGCAACAGACAAUGUACUCAAAGCUGUACUAACUCUAAGUCCAAUACAAACAAGUUCUGCCUGCAGUCAUGUGGAUGUCCAUCUAACAAGAAGAGAUCUGACCUCUUGUUGAAAAAGCAAAAAGAAUACUUUGAUCUUCCCCUUGACAAUAAAACUGAUGAUGAGCUGGCCCAAGAAUUUGCUGGAAAGAUUGCAGACCUUGUAACCCACAAGGAUACUGAAAAACAGACUAAGGAAAGACAAGUCCUUGACAAAAAACUUCGUAAGAUUGAAAGAAAAUGGGACGAAUAUGCUGAAAAUGCGAAAAAUCUUGGAAUAAACGCUACAGUAUUCUGUAACCAGACCUGCUCUCAUGAUUGAUUCCUUGAGGCUGACCAAUCAACAUACGAAGUGCUGACUAAGUGCUUAAUAAGCAAAUGCCAAUGUUUCAGACCUAAGCUCCCUGAUGCUAAAGAUUACAUUUCAUUUGAAUCCUUGAUUGUCCUCAAAAAUAUUAUCACAGAGGAAGAAGAAAAAUCAGAACAAGUAGCUGAUGCUUAUGAACAAAUUUCGAAAGAAUAUGAACACCAAGUUGAUAAGUUAGAUGAUACAGCAGACUUGAUUGAUGAAAUCAUCGAGGAUACCAUCAAAGCUGCUAAUACUACUACAUCUGAGGAAGAACCAAUUGUACCUGAAGAGCCAACUCCACAAAGGCCUGACACUCCUACUGAAGAAUCACAGCCAACUCCAGUUGAAGAGCCUAAGGCUGAAGAGACAUCUCCAGCUAAUAGCACAGAGCCAGUUACUCCAGUUGUACCAGAAGAUACCCCAGCUGCUCCAACAAAUAAUACUGAGGCAGCUACUCCAACCGAAGAACCAGCUACUCCAACCGAAGAACCAGCUACUCCAACCGAAGAACCAGCUACUCCUGCUGAAGAGCCUGUUGCUCCUGUUGCUCCUGUUGUUCCCGAAGACACUCCUACCAACAAAACUGAGCCAGCUACUCCAUCAGAAGAGGCACCUGCUACUCCAGAGGAGAAGCCAACUACUCCAGAAGAAACCCCAGUCAAACCUGAAGAACAACCAGUCACUCCCGAAGAGACUCCUUCCCACAACCAGACCCACUCUGAAAUCUUAGACACUGUCACGAAGAAGGCCCAAAAUUGUAACCUGACUUGCUUCGAUGAAUGCCUUGACCUCAAAAAGUAUGUUCCUUAUCCAGCCAUUGAGCAAUGUGUUGACCUCAGAUGUCACUGCUCUUUCAACGCCAUAACUAGCAAUGUACAAUCCUUACUAUCCACCACUUCGAACGAAGAUAUUAUGGCUCAGAUGAGACUUUCAGCACAAGAGAAACCAACUUCUUCUAUCUUUGGUGCAUUCGUAAUGUUCCUGCUCAUCACCGUGGCUACACUUGGCGUUGCCUACCUUGUCUACAGAUACAUUGGUCAAAAUAACAAGAGAAGAGCUUAUAGUGACUAUGGAGUGAAUGACAGCCAAGCUUAUGAGAGGCUUGCUUAAGUUCUGAGAUAAUAUACCAAUUGUUCA